AUGAAAGCAAUGAAGAAUUUGAUCGUUGAUCGAACACCCAAAGGUCAAAUUCAUAUGUACUCGAAAGGAAACGGAAAAUUGAAAUUGCAAUCAGAAAGGGAAUGGUACUCACGGCACUUCCCAAAGCUAUUAAAGAUUGUCAAUGAUAACUAUCUUUAUUCUAAACUUGCAAAAUACAUAAAUGACAAGUCAGAGUUGUCUAGAGAUAAGUUAGAUGGGCUAGUAGAUAUCUUUGGUAAUGAAGAUAAAGCAAAGGAAGUAAUCGGAGGAGCCAAAGUUUCCAUGGGUCAAGAUUUGUCACCAGUUGACUUGGUUAAUGUGCAGAUGUUUGCAAAACGUGUGAUGGACCUUGCUAAAUACAGAAAGAAGCUUAAUGCCUAUCUUGUUGCUAAAAUGAGUGACAUAGUACCAAAUUUGGUUGCAUUUAUUGGUGAAGUUGUUGGAGCUCAUUUGAUAUCUCAUGCUGGAAGCCUCACAAAUCUUUCAAGAUGCCCUUCUUCUACCCUUCAAAUCCUUGGUGCUGAAAAAGCCCUUUUCAGGGCUUUGAAAUCGAAGGGCAACACAGCGAAAUAUGGUCUUAUCUUUCAUUCAUCUAUUAUCAGGCAUGCAUCUGCUAAAACACAAAGGUCGAAUGGCUCGUUUACUGCUCAGAUGUUACUGGAUUUGGUUGUUGGGUUUGACCAAGAAGCAGCUGCAGUAGUCAUAGGACACCUAGUUUCUUUAAAAAUGGAAACAGAGCUAAUGCUUCAAGCCCCUACUUGCCAUCCAUACCCGGUGGAUUGCCUCACACGACACCAAGUUCAACAUUUUUACCUAGUACACUAG